GCUCUCACUGUGAUCCCCAGAUGGGUUGAGAUGCCCAAGGACAGCCUAUGGACCUGCUGCAGGGUGGGGCUGGUUCCCCUCAUCCUGCCCUUGGCCCCAAGCAGCUCAUUAGUGAUGCUCCUGCCUGCCUGUGAUGGUCCCUUAGGAGCUGGCAGGAGUGCAGGAGGCUCUAAUGGCUCCGGCAGCUCUUGAUGGGCCGUGAUGGAGGCGGGAGCAGGAGGGGCUGUGGUUUCUGCCUCCAUUGGAGCCAGAGCCGCUUCAGCCUAGGGCUGGCCUGGAAGAUGCUGGGUGGGCUCCUGUUCAUGCUGCUCCUUGCUACAGCUCUGUGCCCUGGCCUUCUCGGGACAGAUUCAGUGCAGAACCUGCACCUCUGCGAGGGCUACACAGGCCCUGACGGGCGCUACCACCCUGGCUUCUACUGCCCACGGCUGACUGACCCAGCCAGCCACCGCUACUGCUGCCGGCCCAGCCCCCACACCCUCAAGUCCUGCUGCUCCCAGCUGGGCCUGGAGGCCCUCACCAGAGUGAACCUCUCCAGCCUGGCCAGGCCGGGUCUCCUGCAGAACCCGCUGGCCCUGCCCUUCGUGGGGCUCUACGGCCUCUUUGUUGUCCUCCUCAUGGCCAUCGACCUCUUCCACUUCUACCAGACCCGGUGCUACCGCCGCUGCCGCGUCCUGCCCCGCACCUGCUGCCCGCCCUGCAGCCUCUCGGAGGGACGACCCCCCUGCUCCCAGCCUGCUCCUGACCUCAGCGGGCUCCCUGCAGCACCGCCCGGCCGAGCCUGUUGA